GGCUCGAGCUCUUUUAAAGCCUUCAGCUCACCAGUAGCGUCCCAGUAUCUCUUCGCAGCGGCCAUGCCAGCCACGAUCAACGUCCGUCCUGAUGGUGUGGGUGUCAUCACCAUGGACAGCCCUCCAGUGAAUUCGCUGGGCACAGAAUUGGUGACCUCUUUCAAGCAGGAGUUCCCCAAGUUGGUCAGCGAUCCCAAGGUGAAGGCCAUCGUGGUCACCGGCAAAGGCAACAUGUUCUGCGGAGGUGCUGAGAUCACAGAGUUUGCGAUCAUGGUGGCCAUGGGCCCUGAGAAGAUGAAGGAGAACAACCCGGUGGCGGCCUUGAGCGAGAUGAUGGACAUGAUCGAUGCCUCGCCCAAGACCGUGGUGGCUGCUCUCAACGGCCCAGCUCUGGGAGGUGGCGGAGAAGUGAGCCUGGCCUGCCACUAUCGCGUGGCCUCGGCCAAGUCCUCGGUGGGCUUCCCAGAGGUGAAGUUGGGUCUGUUGCCCGGCGCACAGGGCACUCAGCGCUUGCCUCGUGUGGCACCGCUGCCCACGGCCAUGUCCAUGAUCCUCCAGGGCAAUCCGCUCAAUGCCCAGGCCGCGAAGAAGAAUGGUAUCGUGGACCUGGUGGCCAGCAAGGAUCUCAUCGAGGAAGCAGCUGAAUGGGCACUGAGCCAUCCACCUGCACCCAUCUCCAAACGGGAGGUCCAUAAGACCAACAGGUUUAUGGUGGCCGCAGGUGGACUGGAGCAAGGGCUCAACACCGCCGUGAACGCCGCGCCCCUGAUGAUUGCGCCCAGGUCCAUCAUCAAGUGCUUCGAGGCUGCUUGCAGCGGCAAGCCCUUCCGUGAUGGGCUCAAGGUGGAGCAAGAGGAGUUCACCAAGCUCGUCUUCUCCGUGGAGAGCGCUGCCUUGCGGCACCUGUUCUUGUCCGAGCGCCUGGCGCAGAAGGUGCCCGGCGUGGAUGAGAAGCCGUUGCCCUUGAAUAAGAUCGGCAUCCUCGGUGCUGGCUUGAUGGGUGGCGGCAUUGCGAUGUGCUUCAUUCAGAAGGGCAUCCCUGUCGUGCUAAAGGAUGCCAAGCAGGAGUGGCUGGAUGGCGGCGUGAAGAAGAUCGACUCCCUGUGGGCUGGCCGCUUGAAGAAGGGCAAGUUGAGCAAGGACAAGUACAAUCAGUACCACAGCUUGCUGAAGCCCACCUUGGACUUCGCAGACUUCAAGGACGUGGACAUGGUCAUCGAGGCGGUGCCUGAGAUUAUGGACCUCAAGAAGCAAUGCUUCUUGGACAUCGAGAAGAACACCAAGCCCGACUGCCUCAUUUGCACCAACACCAGCGGCUUGAACAUCGAUGACAUCGCAGCGGUCCUUAAGGAUCCCAGCCGUGUGAUGGGAACCCACUUCUUCUCUCCGGCCAACGUCAUGCAGCUCUUGGAGAACGUGCGCACCAGCAAGUCUUCCAUUAAGACCUUGUCCACUGGCAUGCAGAUGGCCAAGAUCAUCAGCAAGAAGGCAGUGAUGGUGGGCAACUGCGAUGGCUUCGUGGGGAACCGGAUGCUGGCACCUUACGCAGGUGAGGCCAAGAUGGUGGGCGAGGAGGGUGCCACCAUUGAGCAGAUCGACAAGGCCUGCACCAAGUUCGGCAUGGCCAUGGGACCGAUGGCAUUGGGAGACCUCGUUGGCUUGGAACUCUUCUGGAAGCAGCGCCAAGCUGCUGGCGACAUGAAGAAGCAGACCAAGACUUACUACGGUCCCUAUGAGCUGACUGACUGGCUGUGCGAGAAGGGCCGCUUUGGCUUGAAGACACCCGAUCCCAGCAUCAAGGCGAACGGCCGCGGAGUCUUCAUCCAUCAGGGACGCGACAAGUACGUGGACCCCGAGGUCGUGGCCAAGAUGGAGGAGAUUCGCAAGACCAAGGGCAUCACUGCGCGGGCCGUGUCGGACGAAGAGAUCGUGGAACGGCUCUUCUUCACGAUGAUCAACGAGGGCUUCAAGAUUCUGGAGGAAGGCUACGUCGCUCGGUCUUCGGACAUCGACAUUGUCUACAUCUACGGCUAUGGCUUUCCACCCAGCAAGGGAGGACCCAUGUUCUUCGCGGAGAACUACGUGGGCUUCCAGAAGAUCCUGGAGCGACUGAAGGUCUAUGGGGCACAGGCCAAGGAGCGAUUCACCAAGAAUCCGCACUACCUGCCGAUCGACUACUUCGAGCCUUCCAAACUCUUGGAAGCUUGCGCCCAGAAGCAAGGCACCAAAGUCUUCCCAGGACAAACCCUCAUCGACGUGGUGCUUAAGGACUUCCGGAAGAACAACUCGGCGCCAGGCCCCUUCUCCAAGCUCUAGGUCUUUCUUUGAUUUCCCAGACGAGCAGGAACGGCGACUGGAGUUUAGAUGGCCGUCCUGCCAGAGAGUGCCGCGAAGGAAGUCCUUCCAUCGAAGACUCAGGACAUCAAAGACUCAGGACAUCAAAGUCAUUUAAAACUCACCCUUCAAGUUCAGCAAGACGCC